CUUGACUCUAUGGAUUUACUCAUUCCUUUUCUUCUAUUUUUGUCAUCUAUUCCAACCAAGGAAUCCCCAGCCCCAGAUGUCGGGUGAGGAGGGGGGCUGAAACUUCUGCUCUCUAGAGGAAAGGUUGCAGGCAGUGAAGAGGAAGAGCAGCAGAAGGAGCAACUCUGGUAAAUAGAGCCUUUUGCCUUCUGGAAAAUGCAUUUACAGUGCUCCUUGACAAGUCCCUCAGAAAGAACAGAACGUGUUUACUUCCAGAGAUGAACACAUCCUCUCAACUGUAUGUUUCUGAACUAAACCUGAGUGCCUUUGGUAACAACUUUACAGUGCCUACUGUCAAGAGCCAGUCGUCACCAUGUGAGCAAGUGGUUAUUGCAGCUGAGGUGUUCCUAACUCUGGGCAUUGUAAGCCUCCUUGAGAAUAUCUUAGUUAUAUGUGCAAUAAUUAAGAACAAGAACUUGCAUUCACCCAUGUAUUUUUUUGUUUGCAGCUUAGCAGUGGCUGACAUGCUGGUUAGUGUGUCUAAUGCUUGGGAGACCAUAACAAUAUACUUAAUAAACAACAGACACAUAAUUAUAGAAGAUGCCUUUGUUCGUCAUAUAGACAAUGUCUUUGAUUCAAUGAUCUGCAUAUCUGUGGUGGCUUCCAUGUGCAGUUUGCUGGCUAUAGCAGUAGACAGAUAUAUAACUAUCUUCUAUGCCCUGCGUUAUCACAACAUCAUGACAGUGAAAAGAUCAGGGCUUAUUAUUGCAUGCAUCUGGACCUUUUGCACGGGCUGUGGCAUUAUCUUCAUUCUAUAUUAUGAAUCAACUUAUGUGAUCAUUUGUCUCAUCACUAUGUUUUUUACCAUGUUGUUCCUCAUGGUCUCAUUGUACAUCCAUAUGUUCCUCCUGGCUCGCACUCACGUGAAGAAAAUAGCUGCUUUGCCUGGGUACAACUCUGUCCGUCAAAGAACCAGCAUGAAAGGAGCCAUCACUCUGACUAUGCUUCUUGGCAUCUUCAUUGUUUGCUGGGCUCCAUUCUUCCUUCAUCUCAUCCUGAUGAUCUCCUGCCCUCAAAACCUCUACUGUGUUUGCUUCAUGUCUCACUUCAACAUGUACCUCAUUCUUAUUAUGUGCAACUCUGUGAUUGAUCCUUUGAUCUACGCCUUUCGUAGUCAGGAAAUGAGAAAGACCUUCAAAGAGAUAAUUUGUUGUUACAGCCUGAGGAUGGUCUGUGGGUUAUCAAACAAGUAUUAA